AUGUAUAAAUACUGGAAUUCAGAAUGCAUCUAAACAGUCAGCAGCAGCUGUAUGAUAUCCGUCUGAGCUAAAGAACUUAACAAGCAACUGCACAGACAAGAUGAAGCUCUGCCUCCUGCUUGUGUUUGGGACCCUGUAUGUCCUCGUUAACGGUAUGCCGCCAAUCAGCAGGGAUUACAACACCCACUGUCGGUGCCUGCAGGUGGAGUCGAGGAUCAUCCCUCCAGACAGCCUGAGGAGCAUCAAGCUCGUCCCUGAAGGGCCGCACUGCCCAGAGACCGAAGUCAUAGCUGGACUGGCGAACGGGGAGAAGGUGUGUCUGAACCCUCGGUCCUCCUGGGUGAAGAAGCUGAUCCACUUCGUCCUUGAGAGACAGUUACAUCAGCAGGGAGGAGCACUUCCUAAGAAACGAGCAUAAUAUCUUGGAGCAAAUUAAAGAUAUGCUGCAAUGAAAGCUAUUGAAAACUCAUUUCUGCAACUAUGAGCCAUGCUGUUUUACUGACUUUACUUUAAAAAACAAAUGACACAAUAUUUAACUUAAUAAUAAUAAUCAUUUUAGUGUUUUCUAGUGUUUAGCCUCUUUGUGUUUUUAUUUCAGAAUUGUAUUUCUACUGAAUGUUUUUUAUGUGUUUUUUACCACAUAUUUUACACAUAUACACAUUGAUUCUGGGUUAAUAUUGUUUAAGUGUUAGAAGGAGCAAUAGAUGAAUUGAGAGAAAGCAAUCAGCUUUGUGUGCAUAAGGUAUUUAAGUGUACUUGAAAAUGUCAAUCAUUUCCCUGUGUAGAAAGUUUGGUCGCAUGAUCUUUUGAAAGCAGAUACUGUAUGAAGAAAGAAAUGUGUAAUAUUUUAAUAUGUAACAUAUCAAUUUUAUGUAAUACUCCAUUUAGUUAAGCUUCUCCAACAAUAGCACAAAUUGAUUGAUUCCUUUCUUAAGUCACUAAUAACAAUUAAGAGAGAAUACUGGAAAAUCUAAUGCACUUUAAAGAAAAAUAAAUAU